AUCCGAAGGCCGAAGCCUAUCCGUUAAGAUCCCACUUCUCCUCUUCGCUCCUGCUCUCGCCGAUGGCCGCAUCGAUCGCCGUCGCGACGGGCUCGACCUCGCCGCCCCCUCCGCUCCAUCUCCGCCACCCGCGGCCCGCCGUUCCUCCCUCAACAGGCCCGAGGAGCGUGUCGGGUAGCCUUUCCCCUUCGCACCGACGCGUUCGCGCCGUCUCGUCGCCCAUUGUCGUUCCCAGGAGGAAUGCCAUGUCUGCUAUGCUGUCAAGUUUCAUAUUCUCACAAUUGGGAUCGCGGGAUGAUGCUUUUGCUCAGCCCUCAGUUGCUUUCAGGGAGUACAUAGAUACUUUUGAUGGCUAUACAUUUCUUUACCCAAAGAGUUGGAUCCAAGUUCGAGGAGCCGGUGCCGAUAUAUUCUUCAGAGAUCCUUUUGUUUUAGACGAGAAUUUAUCUGUCGAAUUCUCUUCCCCUUCUUCAUCGAGGUACAAAAGUGUGGAAGAUUUGGGGACACCAGAUGUAGCUGCCACAAAGGUUUUGAAGCAAUACUUGACUGAAUUCAUGUCGACACGACUAGGAGUCCGGCGAGAAUCAAACAUUUUAUCUGCAUCAUCAAGGAUUGCCGACGACGGAAGGCUCUAUUAUCAAGUUGAGGUAAACAUUAAAUCUUAUGCGAGUUAUAAUGAGUUGGCUGUGAUGCCACAAGACAGACAACAGCAGCUCGAAUGGGACAGGCAUUACUUGUCGGUUCUUGGUGUCGAGAACAACCGGUUGUAUGAGCUGAGACUGCAAACUCCCGAGAAUGUGUUCACGGAGGAGGAGAACGAUCUCCGGCGGGUCAUGGAUUCCUUCAGAGUGGUCAAGGCUGUGGUCUAAGCAAUGUGUAACAUUAGGAUGCUCUACUUAUUUGUAAGAUCACGAGUUUGAGGAUUCAGUUUUGGAUGAAAGUUGUAUUUUUUUUUUAUCAGGUAUAAAAUUUUCAUAUUUGCAUAAUUAA